UGCUCCCUCCUCCCGGUAGCUCCAUCCUCCCGGUACUCCGUCCUCCGUCCUCCCGGUAACACCGUCCUCCAUCCUCCCGGUAGCUCCGUCCUCCGUCCUCCGUCCUCCCGGUAGCACCGGCCCUCCCCCGCCACCAUGGCCCAGACUCCGGCAGAAGCCGCCAUCCAAAGCAUCAUCCGGGGCAUAGCGCGGAGCUGCGCCGCGGGCGGGCACGCGGUGUCCGACACGGCGGUGGCUUUCAUGGUGAAAGCUGUGAUGUUGGACCCCAGAAACGGGCUGAACGUUGACCGAACUCUGACCAAAGAGGACGUCCACAAGCUCGAGGAGCUCUGUGUGGGCAAACUGACGGAGACGUGGAGGCCGUCGCUGGACACCAUCAAAAUGCAGGAGUAUUUUGAGAUGAAUUAUACCCCUCCACGUGAGCUGGUAGAGGAAAUCCAUCGCGUGCUUGAUUCCAGGCUGAGUCCAUUGAAACGAGAGAUCACAGACAGUAGACUGAAAACCAGGGAUGACCUAGACCACUUGUACCAUAAAAUGAUCACCUAUAUUCUGCUGAAAUCUUCUCUGGGCUCGCCUACAGAUGUCAUCGCUGUGCAGGAAACCACAGCUGCUCUCCAGAGCAUCUUCCCCCAGACUGAACUGGGAGCAUUCAUGGUACUGGUAAAGAAAGAUAAGGAACUGCACCUGAAUGAGCUCACCAUGAUUGUCACGGGGAUCCGACUCUUCAAUAAAGCCAACAAAAUCGGAGAGAAGGAGUUCAGCAUCCAUGAAUUAAUGCCUCCUUUGCUUAUGGAAAUACUUCCAGUCACUAGUGAGAGCAUCAAAAAGGAAAUGAGUGCUAAGCAGCGUCUGGCCUGGAAAUACACAGCCGUCCUGGAGAAGCUAAUAAACUCUGACAUUCAGCCCAAACCUUCUGAGGAGCGCAUCACCCUUCUUAAAGAGGCUCUCUACAACGUCAGGCAGCAUGAAGUUUUCCUCAAAACCCUACUGACUGAUGCAUGUUUAUGUGCCAAGCAUGUUGAAAUCCUACAAACUGAGCUGUCAUCCCAGCUGAAGAGGCUCAGAGAAACCAUAAAGCCACAGACAGCUGUACCGACUGCAGCAGUCUAUCCCCUUUUUAAGGUCCUGUCAAAGGUGUGGUCCAGACUCCAGGAUGAGGCUGAACUCCUGAACAUGCUCAGUAACAUCAAAAGAAAUCUGCAGCCUUUUGUUGCGUCUCAGGAAAAUAUUUUCUCUGAGGAAUAUCUGGACAGCCUGCUGGGGACAACAAUGGUUAAGACAGAUGAGCAGAGAAUGUCAGAGUCUUUAGAUGAGCAGGUGGAUCAAACUCAGUGGAAGAAACAGGAAUGGCUCAUGCCUGAAACAACAGCUAGUUUAAAGGAGCUGCCGUUACAGUUUAAUGGAUUCUGUGGCAAUCCAGAUUUUGGAGUCCUCAAUUACAAGGAGAGGUUCUAUGCUUUUAGCUCCAAAAUGGCUGCGUUGGAAUUUUCCUCCUCUCCAGACUACUUUGUGGCUGAAGUGGAAGAGAAAACUAAAUAUUUCCCUGAACUCAUCCAGCUUCUUCGACAACGUCAGCAAUUUCCCUUGAUCAAUCAGUAUUCUGAGAUAAAAGAAGAUGAAAAAACAUGGGAGAAGCCAGUUGCCAUGUGUGAGAACGGCACUCAGACUGUCCUCCACCCUAUGGAAACAAACAUCAGCAAGUCAUAUGAGUGGAAUGAGUGGCAACUUAGACGGAAAGCUUUGAAACAAACUGAUCUGAGCCACAUGAGACAGCAAAACAGCACCCAGACCUGGCCUCCAAAGAAUGCUGCUUGUCAGGCCAAGAGAGAAAAUGGGAGCAAUGUGCCCACACCUCAGACCUAUAUGGCAUGUCUGAGGGGACAAAAAGGUGCACACAUGGUCAAGACAAACCUGACC